UGUAUCUAUUUUUGAUUUUUAGUCCCUUUGUUUCCAGGCUAUCUCUCUCUUUCUCGUUUCUUUUCCUGAAUUGAUUGAUCGCCGGGAAAUCUUAGCCGUCCGAUCAACAAUCGUAUACUCCCGAGAAGAUCUCUUCUAUCAGUCCCAAUGGUCUGAUUUUCACCAACCCCUCCUCAGAUCUCCGAUAACACUCCGGUAUCAUUUCUAAGGCCACAACUUCAUUUAUCGGCGGGAUUACGAAACUGAUGAGCCUUGCUUGAUCCAGGAGAGGCAUAGAGUGGAGUCUACCUCUGAUGAGCCUUGCUUGAUUCGAAUCUGAAUACUCAGGGUUUUAAUUCGUCCUUCGUUCACUUCUGAGCUCUUUAGCUUAGUGAAAUCUCCUCGUCUUAGAAACUUAGGGUUUCUAGUUUGUGGGCAGAAAAGAACAGUGUGCUUCUUUUGAGUUUCUCUGCUCUUAGCUGCGUCAGCCAUGUUUAAGAAAAUCAUGAAAGGUGGGCAUCGAAAGCCCUCUAAAUCCGAAGCUAAUGAACCUUCUAGUUAUGGUAUUGGUCCUCCGGGUAGGCCAGGUCCUGGGUCCAAUGUGGUUGUUAGUCACGCGUCUCGUGGUGCAUUGGUUAAUUCGUCUCCGUCGCCUGGGGCGGCUACUUCACCACCUCCGCCUAUGGGCUCCGUGGAGCCACUCCCCUUGUUCAGAGAUGUGCCUGUUUCGGAGAGGCAAUCCUUGUUCUUGAGGAAACUUCAGAAUUGCUGUUUCCUGUUCGAUUUCACUGACACGAUUAAGAACGCCAGAGAGAAGGAGAUUAAGAGGCAAACGUUGUUGGAGUUGGUUGAUUUUAUACAGUCUGGAUCUAGUAAGAUCUCAGAGUCGUGUCAGGAAGAAAUGAUUAAGAUGAUUUCUGUUAAUAUUUUCCGGUGUCUCCCUCCAGCUUCACAUGAGAAUACUGGCCAAGAACCUGCAGAUCCUGAGGAAGAGGAACCUUAUUUGGAACCUUCUUGGCCUCAUUUGCAGCUAGUGUACGAAUUGCUACUGAGAUAUGUCGUUUCUACUGACACGGAUACAAAGGUCGCUAAACGGUAUAUCGACCAUUCUUUUGUGUUGAAGUUGCUUGACUUGUUCGAUUCUGAGGACCCGAGAGAGAGGGAGUAUUUGAAAACCAUUCUUCAUAGGAUAUAUGGGAAGUUUAUGGUUCACAGGCCUUUUAUUAGGAAAGCAAUCAACAACAUAUUCUUUAGGUUUAUUUAUGAGACAGAGAGACACAGUGGGAUUGGGGAACUCUUGGAGAUUUUAGGUAGUAUCAUAAACGGGUUUGCGUUGCCUAUGAAGGAGGAGCACAAGCUGUUCUUAAUCAGGGUGCUGAUACCAUUGCAUAAGCCAAAACCAAUUGUUGUAUAUCAUCAGCAGUUAUCUUAUUGCAUCGUUCAGUUUGUGGAAAAAGAUUAUAAACUGGCGGAUACAGUAAUCAGGGGAUUGUUAAAGUAUUGGCCCGUGACAAACUGCGCGAAGGAGAAUCUCUUCCUUGGAGAACUUGAAGAAGUUCUUGAGGCAACACAGCCUGUCGAGUUCCAGCGUUGCAUGGUUCCGUUAUUCCAACAGAUUGGUCGCUGCCUCACGAGCUCUCACUUUCAGGUUGCAGAACGGGCGCUGUUCUUGUGGAACAAUGAGCACAUCGUGGGUCUAAUCGCGCAGAACCGAAGCGUGAUCCUUCCAAUCAUAUAUCCUGCACUGGAGAAGAACAUCCAGUCUCAUUGGAACCAAGCAGUUCAUGGCCUAACCACAAAUAUCAAGAAAAUGUUCAUGGAAAUGGAUCCUGAACUCUUUGAAGAAUGCCAGAGACAGUAUGAAGAGAAACAAGCAAAAUCUAAAGAAGUGGAAGAACAACGACAAUAUACAUGGAAGAGAUUAGCAGAAGUUGCGGUGGAGCGAGACGGAGGAGGAGAAGAAGAUCAUAUGAUCACUUCCUAGAUCGAUCAAAAGGGUAUUAUUAUUCUUUCACUUUUCUUUUUUUUUUGGGUUUGGUUCUCAUUUAAUCAAAUCGUUCACUAUUAAUUUUUCUUUAUCGAUCUUCUUCGAUUUGAUUUUGUUUUGAGAAUCAUCGGUUAAAAUUUGAUAGCUCAGAGAAGAAGUAGAGAGAAGUGAGCUAUUAUUACUGAAUAUGUUAGUAGUAAGAAUGUGUUUGUGAUCUUCUGUCUAAUUUUUUUGUAUCCGUGGAAGGCACUUUAAAUUUGUAAAAUUUGAAUUAUAUAAUACUACUGGAUGUUUGUAGCUUGUGUUACUACUUA